GAUUUCAACAUCAUACUUUCCUGUUGUGAAACCAAAAACCGGCAAAAAUGUCCUUUCCCGAUAAAGACGCGCGAGAAAAGUGUUGGAAGAUCCGAGACGAAUAUUGGGCCUGCUUAGAUAAAUACGCUCCCGAGUAUCAGUGUACCUCCCAAGCUCCAGAGCCGAAGGAAUGUAUCCACCUACGAAAAUUGUACCAGCAAGGAUGCCCAUCCCAGUGGGUUAAGCAUUUCGACCGCAAGCGAACGUACGACCAGUUCAAACAGAAGAUGGCAAAAGGAUACGAGCCUCUGAACGAUACAAAAUAACCUCCAUCCGAGUGGUUUACGGUGUAGCAAGAAACGGCGUUUCUUUCGGGAAUGUAAACAAUGUUAAAUACGACUGUUUAUGAGUUAGUUUACCAAAUAAAGCCAUGUUUACAGUUACUAUACAGCUAGUACGACCCAAUGUUUUCACCAUGCAAAUUUGCCA